UCACUACUAAAAAAAACACUACCUUGACCUAAAGGCUUGGAGAGAUGACCACCAAGGCCCCUUCUUCGACUACUCUCUUCCUCGUUCUCGGCCUUCUCUUCUUUGUCAUAGCAAGAGGUCAAGCUCCCAGUACCAACCCUACUUCAGCACCUAUGGCUAGUCCCACUGGCAGUAACUAUUCUCCACCGACGCCUAGUUCUGCUCCACCACACGCUUCCACAAGCAAUAAUUCUACUCCACCACCUGCUUCCACGAGUAAUAAUUUUACUCCACCUGCUUCCCCGGGCAGUGUCUUACCUCUAUUGAUGCCUAGUUUUGCCCAACCACCUCUAUUCUCCCUCUUUACGGUGUAUCUCACCCGGCUGCUCAGCUAG